AUGCCGGCAACUUCCGCGAGUGGGAAUUUGCCCAAACCCUCAACCCAGAUCCUUCCACGUCACCACCACCCAUCGACGACGCCUCGACUGCAUCCACAAACAUCGACAACCAUCGACACCCAUCGACAAUACACCAUGCCAUCGAAAACACGAUCCGCCAAGCCACGCAACCGCAGCGGGCUUCAACGCAAGUCCCCACCAACCGAGAAACGCAAGCGCGCCGAAUCAGGCGCAGACAAAUCGAACAAGAAACAGAAAGCGGCCCCAAAGGAGACCCCAGACGACGACGACGACGCUUCGCAAGUGACGGGGAAGGGAAAGGGAACAGCAAAGGGUAGGAAAAAGGGCACGAAACGUGCGAGGAAAACGGCUGCCAAUCGUGCACAAGAAGAUGCUGCCGCCGAUGCAGCAGGAGCCCCAAGCCAACUUACAAUAACACCCCACUACAGGACCGAGCGCCUGCUCAAGGAGAGCGGCGUGCCGAUUGCGCCCCCCAUGUGCAUUCGGUCGACCACUGCCACCCACCUUCCACCUCCACCCGACCUCGUCACUGGCCGUCAACGCCGUUCGGACGCCACCAAGAUCCAGAGCAACAACAAACAAACCAGCCCCGACACCAGCGACGAUGGAUCACACAGCGACAACACCGACAACACCGAAAAUGAAGACGAUGAAGACGAAGACACAGACGACGACGCAGACGAAGACGAACACCUGAGCAACAAAACCAAGAAAGCCGCCAAUGACGACAGCGGUUCGGACGACGAGAACGCCUGCAACAAGAACACGGGGGACACGUCAGGCAACAACAAGGACAAAGGCGACAGCAACGGAAACCACGAAAACAACACGAAGGCUGUCAACGAGCCCCACCACGCUACCAACGCCAACGCCAACGCCAUCGCCCUCAACGCCCUCACCCUCAAUGCCCUCGUAACGGACACCCGCGACAUGAGCAGCCCCACCACGAAUGCCCCCACCACGAAUGCCCCCACCAUGAACAACCCCGUCAGGAAUUCCCCCGCCAUGAACAUCCCCUUGACGGACACCCCCGCUACCACCACCCUCGCUACCACUACCCUUACAACGGAUGCCCCUGCAACAGACACCCCUGUCAUGAAUGCCACCACCCCCAGCGUGCCCAACACCAGUGUGCCCAACACCAACGUGCCCGCGGCUGUAGUGCCCAGCACCCUAUUGCGUGAUGUAGCGCCCACCCGUACUAUAGACUUGAAUGCACCUUAUGGUGAUGAAGCGCAUAUGGAUCGACCGCCCCUUGUUGGUGGUCAAGUUCUUUUAUAUAAUUCACAGGAAGACCCUGCCAAUUUAUCUCUCCCCUCAAUGAAAGCGUCUAUGGGUUUCAGCCAUGAUGUUACAGCAACCAUUCAGCCUGUCCUGGAAAAUCUUAUCAAACGUUGUCCUGAGGUUGCAGAUCCCAACAUGACUAUUUUAACCUGGGAUGAUGUUGAUGGGAUUUGGAAUAUUAAGGGGCCUUAUGCAUUUGCCCUUGAACAGAAUGAGGAUGUGAAAUGGGUCUACAAUAAGGAAAAAGGAAAAUAUGUUUUGUCUAUUCUGGUUAGCUCCUUUGGUCUGGAAGCCACCUCUGGCUCUCGUUCUGUCUCUCGUUCUGUUUCUCAUUCUACAUCUGCGUCUAUUUCACGAUCUGUCUCUGUAGCUUUGUCUGGUGCUGGGUCUGGGUCUGCUCCUAGCUUGGCUCCUCAGUCUUUUGGAUUUUCCAAAAGAUCUAAGAGUCUGGCAGCCACGUAUAAGCUUGAGCUUGCUACUAUACUUAAGAUCUCAUCUCACUUGAUGAACCAAGAGGGGAAGGUACCCCUCACUCUGGCAUAUGAGAGAUAUAAAGCCUGCAAUAAAGCUAUGCAGGACUAUAAUAGAAUGAAGGGUGCUAAAACUUGGCCUAGCACAUGUCCUGAGCCAACUGCCACAGAUAUUAUUGAGAUUUUCAUCUCUAAGUCUAUGUGGCAUCAGUAUUAUGUUGGACUUUUUCCCCAUGUCUCUAAGUAUCUUGACAUGGUUGAGUGGCUGGAGGAUGGAGAUGAUAGGCCUUCUAGUGUGGAUGUCUGGGGUUUCCAGAAAACAUCCUAUACCUUUUCAGAUCUUAAAAAAUGGCUUAAUGAGCAGAAUUCUCCUCAGGGUGGACAAGAAGGAGAAAGGAAAGGAGAAAAAGAAGGAAAGGGGAAGAAGGGGAAAAAACAGAGUUCUUCAGAGGAGAGUUCUUCAGAGAGUACAAAGAAGAAAGCUAGUAAAGGGAAAAGGGCGCAAGGUGGGGAUUCUGGAGAUGAGGAUAGUGAUGCUGGAAAGAAUCUCAAGGGAAAGCAGAAGGCGAAAGGAGGAAAUAAGAAGAAGGAUAGGAACAUGCUCCCAGCAGUCAAUGCCCACCAGACUCAUUCUCCAUUCCCUGAUAUCCCCUUUUCGGUCUUCAGUGAAUUUGUUACAUCCAACUUUAGCUCCAAAGUCUCACUAUCAACUGUGCUAUUACUACUGUUCACCAUGACUAACAACACAACCCUUCUGAGCUUACAUGCAAGACAACAAAUUUCUAAGUAUCCAGGAGAGCGAAGAACUCAUACCACUGGCUGGAUCACAGGAUUGAUCAGGGCUCUAACUGAACACCUGGGUGAUAAAAAAGACCGAUUGUUCAAAAAGUCUGAAGUCAAAGGGGGAAUGACUGAAGAUCAGAUGUUUGUGGCAUUGGGAAAUAAACUUGACCUUUUUGCAAAAAUGUUGGAGUUACAUCCCAUUGACAAGGAUGGAAGAUUCAAAGGAAAACUGAACCCUAUAUCCCAUGAUGAGCUCAAGCCUGUUCUUCUGAUAUGCCCUGAUGCAGUUGAAUGUGAAACAAUGUCAUGUGAUCCAAGGUCACUACUCCAGGCAGCUCGACCACGAGAUAUUCCUGAAGUUACACUAAUAAAGGGUACUGAGAUUUAUAAGAAAAGUUAUGUCCUUACUGGACUUUGCCCAAAAUGUCAGACCCAAUAUUCUGCUGAUCAAUGUUUGGGUUGA